UACAACUUAUAAAUAUUGGUGAUGACACAAUGGCUAAGACACGUGUCUUUGGUGUGAGAGACCCGGGUUCAAUUCCCACUUUGACCCAUCCACCAUUGUGUCCCUGAGCAAGACACUUCCCCCCCUAGCUGCUCCAGAGACGUGCGACCUCUGACAUAAAUAGCAAUUGUAAGUCGCUUUGGAUAAAAGCGUCGGCUAAAUGAAUAAAUGUUAAUGUAAUGUAAUGUAAAAAAGAUUCAUUACUAUAAAGUGGUACCUUUUAAGUGAGAAUGUUUCCUGAUACCAUUAGUUCUGUUAUGUAUCUGAUGUGGUCGUCUCUCCUUCAUUAUCCCUCACAGUGAGUCAUGCCUUGGUGCAGAUGUGGUGUCCUACUGGUGCUCUGCGUCUGUCCUCUAGCCUGCCUUGUAACGUCUCCCUGUCCUCCCGGCUGCUGCUGUUCUCGCCCAGGAUUUUUGGUUUUGUGCGAGUCCCUGGGUCUCAGGUCACUCCCUCGCUCUGUCCCUUUCAGCACCUCGGCUCUAUCUGUGGCCAGGAACCAGCUCUGUAAUGUGGACCACCUGCUCCGGCCCUUCUCCAGCCUGCAGGAGCUGAGCCUCAGUCACAAUCUGCUGAGCCGCUUCCCUCGCGGCCUGCCUCCCAGCCUGGAGUCCCUGCUGCUGCAGGAAAACCGCAUCACUUAUAUCACCUCAGGCGCCCUGCGGCAACUGGGGAACCUCACUCGCCUGGAUCUGGAGGACAACCGCAUCCGUGCCAUCCAACCGGGGGCACUACAGGGUCUUUACAAGCUCCAGGUCCUGACACUGAAGGGGAACAAGCUCACAAGCCUCCCUCUGAAUCUUCCACCGUCGCUGACCCAUUUAGACCUUUCAGCAAACUGCAUCUCUGUCCUGGAUUUGCCCUCGCUGUCCGCCCUGGUCAACCUGCAGGUCCUGAAGAUCAACAGCAACUGCCUGCGUUCAGUCCCAGAGAGUGCCUUCGAUGGCCUGCCACGUCUCAGAUCUGUGGACCUCAACAACAACCUCUGGGUGUGCGAGUGUGACAUUUUGUAUCUUUACCGCUGGCUGCUGAGUGGUAGGCUGAGGAUGGCCACAGACCUGGUGUGCACAGAGCCCGUCCAUCUCGCUCACCGUCUGCUUCUGGACCUCUCUGUUGUGGCUAUCUGUCCUUGGGUCCUGAAGCCAAAUGAGGGGAUGCACCAACUGGACCUCAACUCUGCACUGGAGAGAAAGCUGGAGACGCCCAAAGUGAAGCCAACGGGACCAAGCUCAUUUGAGAACAAGAGCUAUUUGGGGAACUUGUUAGAGCAAAUAUCACAAAAAAACACUGUAGGACUCAUUUCCAAAGAUGCUCCCAAGACUCGUGUAUUACUUGAACACUACUCUUUAGAGACCCUUACCUAUGAGGAGUGUUUGUUGCUAAAUAAAACCCAGUCAGUCAGCCCACCCCAUUUACAAACCACUACUUCUCUCCCUGAUGAGGGACACAAAUGCAGAAACAACAUCACAGGUCGGUACACUCAGAUCAACGCAACCUCUGCGGAAGGGACACGAUCUUUGCUUUCCACAAACAGAGAUGCACCCCGGCCAACUCCCGACCCCCCACCGAUCACACAACAAGACUCUGCAGUGGUAAUCUCUCUGCUCGCAGUGUUAUGUGUAUUAGUAGUUGUCCUAAUUCUGGCAGUGCUACUUGUACUGAAAAAGGUGCUUCUGCGCCAACAGAGGGUGGCUCCGCUAAACGUAGGAUCUGGUGGAUGACAUCAGAGCAGACACACUGAAAAUGUUUUUAA